GACAGGUGAACAAAGAUACAGGUAACUCUCAGGGUGGGGGUGUAGCACUACGGUCUACUGGACAGGUGUACAAAGAUACAGGUAACUCUCAGGGUUGGGGUGUAGCACUACGGUCUACUGGACAGGUGUACAAAGAUACAGGUAACUCUCAGGGUGGGGGUGUAGCACUACGGUCUACUGGACAGGUGUACAAAAAUACAGGUAACUCUCAGGGUGGGGGUGUAGCACUACGGUCUACUGGACAGGUGUACAAAGAUACAGGUAACUCUCAGGGUUGGGGUGUAGCACUACGGUCUACUGGACAGGUGUACAAAGAUACAGGUAACUCUCAGGGUGGGGGUGUAGCACUACGGUCUACUGGACAGGUGUACAAAGAUACAGGUAACUCUCAGGGUUGGGGUGUAGCACUACGGUCUACUGGACAGGUGUACAAAGAUACAGUGCAGGGAGGCCACUGAUGAGGAGAUUCUGACUCUACAUAACCCAGACCAUCUCAAAAUCCUCAAAAUGUCGGAGUCCAUGAGCAAGGAAGAAAUGGAGGCCCUCUCUCAGAAGUACGAUUACCUCUACUUCCACAAGGACAUUUUACGGAAUUCCCGCCUAGCCCUGGGAGCCACCCUCAACAUGCUGGACGAGAUCCUAUAUGGAAAGGUUAGAAAUGGAUUUGCAAUUGUAAGACCGCCCGGUCACCACGCUAUGUACAACGAGUUCAACGGUUACUGUCUUCUGAACAACGUGGCCCUGGCAGCAAAGCGGGCCCUGGAUCUCCAUGGAUUAGAGAGAAUUCUCAUUCUGGACUGGGACGUUCAUCACGGACAAGGCAUUCAGUAUUUCUUCUAUAAUGACCCCAGGGUUAUUUACUUCUCCAUUCACAAGUAUCUGGAUGGAGAAGAAUGGCCGUAUCUGAGGGAGUCUGACUACGAUCACAUCGGGGAGGGGCCAGGGACGGGAUUCAACAUCAAUGUACCCCUCAAUGUGAUUGGGUGCGACGACAGCGUGUACCUAGCCAUACUCUUCAACAUCCUUCUCCCUAUAGCCUACGAGUUUAACCCCCAGCUGAUUUUGGUAUCGGCUGGAUAUGAUGCUGCUUUAGGAUGCCCAGAGGGAGAGAUGGAAGUGACCCCCAGUUGCUUUGCUCAGUAUGUCAAUCAGCUGUCAGCUCUAGCGGAGGGAAAACUGUGUCUGGUUUUAGAGGGAGGUUACUGCAUCAAGACCCUGUCUGAGGGUGUGGCUCUCUCGCUGAAGGCCCUGCUUGGUGACCCCUGUCCCAGGGUGGAUCAAACAAAGCGGCCGAAUGACAGUGCUGUGUUGUCCAUUUUGAAUGUGAUCAAGGUCCUGCGGCCAUAUUGGAGGAGUCUCCGGUACCAGGGAGAUUUGGCGUCUAUAUCACUCAGUCCCCGUACAGGCCUCUUAUCCUUACCCCCCAAGGAGGGGAUCAGCUUCUACACCCACAGUAAGCCCGAGUCGUUCUCCCUCGACCAAGACUGCUGGAACCCCGGAGUGAUGGAGAGUGCCCACGUCGUGGACGCCCAGGUGGAUGAACUUUUGGCUCGUACUGUACAUAGGGGGACCAAACACAAGGUUGGACUUGUAUAUGAAGAUGCUGUCCUGAAUCACAGAGACACUGGAUUAGGGGGAUUUGAGGAAUGCCCAGAGAGAGUGGAGAGAAUUGUACAGACCCUGAAGAAGACAGGUAUCUGGGACAGGUGUUACCACAUACAGGGCCGGGAGGCGAGGGAUGCUGAGCUGUGUCUUGUACAUGGGGAGGAUCACAUCAGAAGAUUUAAAAAGACAAUGACAAUGGGAGAAGAGGCAUUAAGAGUUUACCAGAGUAGUUUUAAGUCAAUAUUUCUAUGUCAGGAAAGUUUUACUUCAGCAGCCUGGGCUGUAGGCUGUUCCUUAUCUGUGAUAGAUUCUAUACUGACCAAUCAGUGUCAGAGUGGUGCUGCCAUUGUAAGGCCCCCUGGUCACCAUGCUGAGAAGAAUGACAUGAUGGGUUUCUGUUUGUUCAACAAUGUGGCAAUAGCGGCUAAGUACGCCCAGGUCAAGCACGGAGUUCAAAGGAUUCUGAUUAUAGACUGGGACAUUCACCAUGGAAACGGAAUCCAGAAUAUGUUUGACAAUGACCCAAAUGUCCUGUUUAUAUCCUUACACCGCUUUGACAACGGUUCUUUCUAUCCGUACGGAGGUAAGGGUUACCACAAACAGAGCGGGGGACCGGACGCGCAGGGACGCACCGUCAACAUCGCCUGGAAUGAUGGCUCUAAGGGUGAUGCCGAUUACAUCAGUGCCUUCCAUCAUCUAGUGCUUCCCCUGGCGUAUGAGUUUGCUCCGGACUUGGUAAUUGUAGCUGCAGGAUUUGAUGCAGAGAAAACAGAUUCCUUGGGAGGAUAUCGCCUGACCCCAGCAGUGUUUGGUCACAUGACCCGGAUGUUGAUGGGCUUGGCUGAUGGGAAGGUGGCUCUCAUCCUAGAGGGAGGUUAUAGCUUAGAAGGAACAUCCCAGUGCAUGAACAUGUGUGUAUCCGCUCUACUCGGAGACCCACUACCAAACAUACACAAUGCUGUCCCCAGUAAAAGUGGUGUUGAAGCUAUAUGUAAAACAAUGGAAGUUCAGGAGGCAUUCUGGAAGACUCUUUUAUUUAGAGUGGAGUUACCGUCGGAGGAACAGUUAGAGGUGAUCAAAGCAGAAAAAGCACAGAAGUUGUGUACGUAACCAUACACAAUGAGGAGGGAAGUCGUAACCAUACCAGAGGGAAUGAGGAUUGACGGCUUAUCUCUGUCAUUAUAUUUGUCUACAGUUCUUCUACCUCUCUGUUCGACAUGUACCGGUACAUGUACGAUGUGGAUGGGGUUAUUUUUAACCAAAAUAUUCACAGAAAAAAAUCAAAAAACUUAUUAUUUCUAAAUUAUUAAUAAGACUAGUGUUUUCAUAUGAAAUUUUUAUAUAUAUCCUGAAAGCUCUAAAACCAAGUAUAGUGUUUGGAAACCUUGCUGGUUGUGUGUUGGAUGAUCAGCUUCAAUUAUCACCGGAUAGUUAAACAUAUACCUGUGUAGCUUGUUACCUGAUUGACACCUGCUUAGAUAUCUACCUUUCUUGAUUUGAUAUGUACCUAGAUAACAGGUAACUUAUUGAUGAUGUUCUAUCUGAUAACAGGUAACUUAUUGAUGAUGGUCUAUCUGUUUUGGGUGCGUCUAUGUACACCAUGGCCUGAUAUCAAAAUAGUCAGUCCACUCCUAGCAUACCCUGGGUUAGAAUAGUUGUUUGUUAUAUUUCUUGAUUCACGGAUUAAAAAAAAGAAAAAGCCUUCAGGUAAAUGUAUUUAUAUCAAUGUCAAAUUAGAGCUUUGUUUUACUUGUCUAUCUGUUGGUGCCUCCAAUUUGUUUAUUAUACCACAAGAUAAAGUAUAAACUAAAAGGAUGAUGAUUCAUUUGUAAAAUAUACAUAAUAUUUAGUAUGCUAGAUAUGAAAUUGACCCAUUUAGAUUUAGAAGUUUAGUGAGAUAGAGAUAAAGUAACUAUUGGAUCUUAUUGCAAGUAAGCUGCAAAAAAAAAACAUUACAUAAGGCACAGAGGAGUUGUCCUUGUGCGUACAAGUACAUGUGUCGAUCUAGAGGAGGGGGGAUCCAGACCUCUCUCCCUUUGAAAAUUCUAAAAUUAUUUAUAAAAUUAACAUAAUACAAUUACCAACAAUAGCCUCUGUACCCACUGGCAUCACAAAAUCUUCACUUGGACCACCCUCCCUGGAACAUUUGUUUAAGGAUCCACACUGAUGUAGGGCUUUUUCAAGAUUGUGUAAAGAUGGAUGAAAGGGGAGUGUCAUGAUUUCAAAACCAUUUUCUACCUCGUUCUGGAUAUGCAGACAAUUUUAAGUGACCUAUAUCGUGGAGUCUUUGACUCAGAAUUCCCUGGCCCGGGAAUACUUGUAUUGACAAAUAGAAGACCUCUGGGACAUUUGGACUAGUCUAUUUCACUGAAUAUGGAUACAAUGUAGUUAUGUAAAAGUAUGCAUGCAUAAUGUUAUUUGUAUUUUAAAAAGUUUUGAUUCUUACAUGUAGCUAGUUGCUUUUGUCAGAGUCAUUCUAGUCUAGUUUACAUAAACUAAACGCACAGCUUGUAGGCAGUCCAUCAUCAUCUUUAUGAGAGCGUCAUUGAUAAUUUUCUUGCUUUUUCAAAAACCUAAUCGUGCAUUCUUACAAAGUUUUUCAGCUAAUCUGUGGCUCCAUGCAAUGGGGUUUGAAUUUCUCUGAAUUUGUAGCUGUUGUACUUGGCAUUGUGUACGCCUCAAGACACAAAUAGAGAAAUUUCAUUUAUUGAUUCACAUAUACUACUCUGUAUAAAGAUUUAUUUUACUUUGGGGGAAGGGGUAUACAAUUUGCAAUAGAUUAGAUGUCUACAAUCGCUCUGUAAUUUACAUUUAUCUUUAUGUCAGUUCUUGAAGGAGCAAAUUAUAAUCAGUAAAAUGAUUUGAGACAUUGUUAAUCAGUAGCCUAAUUCAGUCGGGUUUGAGAUCCUCUUUUUCUUGACUUUACAUUUCUUGUGCUAUAUUGGGCAGCUGUGUUUAUCGUUUGUGAGUGUCGAGACACAAAUGUAAAAAAAAAAAUCAUUCAGUUGUUGCUCAUCCUGAAUUAAUGAAACAGUAAUUUCCAUGUUUUUAAAGGACGGUGAGGAUUACACUAGUCUGUUGUCUAGUCCUAGUAUUGUAAUUAUUCCCCUCACAACCAAUCGCCGGGAAGAUUUUUGACGUUAAGCUGCAUAAUUCUUUAGAACAUUAGGAUUAAUUGUUUGCAUAAUUCUGUAGAACAUGUGGAUUAAUUGUUUGCAUAAUUCUGUAGAACAUGUGGAUUAAUUGUUUGUUGUAUUACUCGGAGCCCAAUCAAAUCUUCCACUCUGUUUUGUUCUUUAGUCGUUGUCACUGGGUUCUCUAUCUAUUAUGAAUGUGUAUUACCUUUCUACACUGCUGCCGAUAGCUUUGUUUUAACAUACCGUUAUAUUUUUAGUAAUUGAAGUGCUAUAUUAUAUAUAUUUUUACUAUAUACAUGUAUUUACAUCUAAGGAAAAAUGAAGUGUGGAUUUAUAGAUAGUUGCAAUGUUGUAUUGAUAUAUUCAUUAUUACAGACGUUGUACUGUUGAUUGGUUACUAUAUUAUUAUCUAGUUAUGUGUGUUGAUUAAUACUGAUUUGUUGCUACGUUUUAUAAGUGUAACAGAUAAAGGCUAUUAACACUAAGUUCCCUGUCCUGAUCAAAGUCUGCUGUUUGUACAACCAAGUAUGCCUGCUUGAUGCAAUAUAUUUACUAAUACGCCAUGUUUUUCUGUGGGACUUGGGGUUUUUUUUUCUUAUACGUUUGUCUCUGAAAUUAUCUUUCUUGAAAACUUUUUCAACUUAGCUUGUAAUGGGUAGGAACUUAAUAAUUUGUUAUAGUUGUAAACAGAAACUCAUUUCUAUUAAUGUCAUCAAUAUAUUUAAUAAAUUGCGAGGGAUAUUGCACACGUGGUAUAUAGGGUAGGCAGGGAGUACGCUCUUUGUGGAAGAGCUAGCAUAAGCGAAAAUAAAAUAUAAACGAAAACCUUUAUUGCAUUUAUACACAUGUGUAAUACUUGCUCUUAGUACUCAUGAAUGUUCAUGAUGAUUUUAAUUAUACAAAAAACCCCUUUGACAGGGUAUUUAAUAGUACUCAUGAAUCGUCAAGAGGAUUAAUAUUCAAAAUUAGACGAAAGCCUCGUAUUUUUUUUUACUCGUGAAUAUUCAUGAGGAUUUAAAUUCGAAGCGUCAAUGCAAUUCAAACGUAAUAAAAAGAUAGGAGUUUUGCGCCGACCUGCACAGUUUUUCCCUAACUUCCCUUUUGUGUCUUCUUUAGAUUUGCAAUACCGGUAUAACACAGUGAUUAAUACUGAAUCAAUUUUAAGGGCUCUUUAUUACACAGGUGUACAUUAUAAAGUUUGAUAUUCAUGACCUGUAGUAUCAUUUGCUUAAUGCGGCACCUUUAAUUGUACUGACACUGUUCAAACACACCAACUGUUAUCAUUUUUCCUGUAACGAUAAUUAUACCCUUCAUAUUUUUUUUUUAAUUUUGAGAAGAAUAGAUAGCGUCAAGUGUCUCUGUGACCAAACGUAUAUAUGUCCUUAUGUAUGAAAAUAUUUCUAGAAAUUUGAAUUGCCAGCGACUGCCUGAUAUAUCUAUGAAAAAAUAAAAUUGACUGAUGGGGAGUGGAUCACGUUUUUUGAGUCAAACUUUGUUCUUUACUGGAUAUUUCCCCUUAUCAAUUACUUGUAUUGAAAGUAUGUAAAUAACAGGGGAAUGAUUUGUUACAUUAUGUUAUAGGUUGUACCACGUGAUUCAGGUGAGCGACCCCCCCCCCCUCCCCCCGGGCACCGACACUGGGUCCGGUAAAAUGUAAUACCCAAUGCAAUAUUUAUUAUAAAAUUUUAAUGAUUGGCGCGAAGUCAAUGUACGUGUGCACAUGUAUUUUGUUUGAGUCUUUCUAUUUCGCGGAAUAUUUGUGACGUUUCCAUUGCUUGUAAAGAUUUCAUGACAAUAAAGUAGUCAAUUUAUG